AUGGGUGUUAAUUCAUUAUGGGAUAUAUUAGGGCCCACUGCGAGACCAGUGCGAUUGGAUGCGUUAUCUCGAAAGAAAUUAGCCGUUGAUGCGUCAAUUUGGAUUUACCAGUUCUUGAAAGCAGUGAGGGAUAGUGAAGGUAAUUCAUUACCUCAAUCACAUAUCGUGGGGUUUUUCAGGAGGAUUUGUAAGUUAUUGUACUUUGGUAUACAUCCUGUGUUUGUAUUUGAUGGUGGAGCUCCUCCAUUGAAACGGGAAACCAUUAAUAAAAGAAAGGAAAGAAGAAGAGGUAAUGCUGAAAGUACGCGUCAAACAGCUCAGAAGUUAUUAGCAAUCCAUGUUCAAAGACUUGCUGAAAACGGUGCAUCCCCUCAGAAGGCAUCUAAUGGUAAUACAGCCAAAGUCGAUGACGACGAUGAUGACGAUGAUGAUGUUAUAUAUCUCGAAGAUCUUCCUAUGAAUCAUCCUCAACUGAUCACCAACUCACAGAAUGCUAAUAUCAAUAAUUCUCCUGAUCUACCCAAGAGUUUUAGAAAGAAAGAUGAAUUCCACUUACCAGAUAUAAAAGAAUUUAGAGUGUCGAAAGAUGAUAAUAGAAUCAUGCCAGAAGAAGAAUACAUGCAAUCUGCUUUAGAAGCAUAUGACUACGACCACGUAGAUGGAAUAGACAUUAAUGACGUCGAUCCAAGUUCAGCAGAGUUCGAACAGUUACCCCUACCAACCCAAUAUAUGAUCCUAUCUCAUUUACGAGUGAAAUCAAGAUUGAGAUUGGGUUAUAAUAAAGAGCAAUUGGAAGAUAUAUUUCAAGAUAGUAUGGAUUUUUCGAAAUUUCAGAUCAAACAAGUUCAAAAGAGAAAUUUUUAUACCCAGAAGUUAAUGAAUGUUGCUGGUAUGGGUGAUGAUGGGAAUGCUACUAGAAGAAUUGCAAGUGAUAAAGAUAGAAGGUAUGCAUUAGUAAAAAAUGAUAAUGGAUGGACGUUAUCUUUACAAGAAGACGAGUCAACGGCUGACAAUCCUAUAUACAUUGAUGAAAAAGGCAAUGAAUUCAAACCUACUAAAGAAGAGACAUCGAAACCGAUCAAAACUGAUAUUGUAAGUAAACCUAUACCAGAGGUAGUUGAAAUAGAUAGUGAUUCUGAAUUUGAAGAAAUUCCAUUGGAACUGCAUGUUGAUGAUGAAACACAAGAAGAAAAAGAUUUAGAAAUGGCAUUGAUUAAAUCAAUAUACGACCAGUACGAUAAUCAACAAAUGGAUGAUGGAUUUGAUCAAAAAGAUAUAAUGUCAGCCAUUGAAAAUUCGAAGAAGGACUACUUAGAUCUAAAAAAUAAAGAAGAACUACUUGAAAAUCAGGCCAAAGAAAUAGUAUCAUUCAAACCUGAGACUAAUUCCAAAAAUGGAAAAGAUGAAGGUUUUAGUUUAUUUCCAGAAGAGUUUUCUUUUGGAGAAUCUAUUCUAUUCUCAGAGAAUGCGUCAGAGAAGACUCCACUUAAGAAGAUCGCCACGGCUAAUGAUGAAAUUUCAAUAGAAAAAGCCACCCCUCCCAUCAGGAAUAUCAUUGCUCAAGAUCAAACUUCAAAUACUAAGAACAACGAAGAAACCACAUCAGUAGUAAGUAAUGUGAUUAUUGACGAGGAUACACAAAAAGAUGAAAUUAGACAGAUGCCUUCGUGGUUCGCAAACAACUCCAGUAAUGUAUUAAAUGCUCAUAAAGAGCUGGCUGUUGAACAUAAAGAAAGUCAAAACGGUAGCUCCAAAGCUAAAGAGGACGAACAAGCUGGUUUAAUUUCAUGGUCUGAAGCAAAAGAUAUAUUGCAAGAAGAGUCAACAGGAGAAGAAACUGAAGAUUCUGACCUUGAAGAAGUCACAUUUUUACCAGAAGUAACAAAGAAAGACGUUAUAGUGGAAGAAUAUAUUUCUGAAUCGGAAGAAAGUCAACCUGAAAGACAACCAGAGAUACUAGACUAUGAUUUUGAAGAAGAAGAUGAAAAUAACUUAUUAGCCCAGAUGAUAACAGAAGAAAAUGAUCAUCAAGACUUCCGUAGUCAGAUCAAGAAAACGCAUGAUAUACCUAUCAGUACCAUCAAUACCAGCAUUACCGACGAACAGCUACUCCAAGAGAAGCUUCAAAAAGCAAAAAGAGAUUCUGAUGAAGUAUCACAAGCUAUGAUAACGGAUGUUCAAGAACUUUUGAGAAGAUUUGGGAUACCAUAUAUUACUGCCCCCAUGGAAGCUGAAGCGCAAUGUGCGGAGUUGCUCAAGUUAGGAUUGGUUGACGGAAUAAUCACCGACGAUAGUGAUUGUUUCCUUUUCGGCGGUGAUAGGAUUUACAAGAAUAUGUUCAAUCAAAAACAGUAUGUGGAAUGUUACAUUCAAGAUGACAUAGAUGCUAAAUUAGGUUUAAACCAGGAUAAUUUAAUCGAAUUUGCUCUUCUUUUAGGGAGUGAUUAUACAGAAGGUAUAAAGGGUAUAGGUCCCGUGUUAGCUAUGGAAAUAAUGGCAGAAUUUGGUUCGAUGAAGAGAUUCAAAAAAUGGUACGAUGAUAAAACCACCAGUCUUAAAGCACCUAAUGUUAAACUGAUGACUACGCUCGAGAAGAGUUUAUUGACGAGAAUAAGAAAUGGAAAGUUAUUUCUUCCUGAAUCAUUUCCAGAUCCUAUUAUUUUUCAAGCAUAUAAGGCUCCAGAAGUAGAUCAUGAUAGAACUGAAUUCAAAUGGGGUGUACCUAAUUUACAUCAAAUUCGAUCAUUCCUAAUGUUUAGUGUAGGCUGGAGUCAAUCUGAAGUUGAUGAGGUAAUGAUCCCAUUAAUCAGAGAUAUGAAUAAGAAACAAGCAGAAGGUACCCAGUCUACCAUAGGUGAGUUCUUCCCUCAAGAAUAUAUACAAUCUAGAAAGGAGCUUAACAUUGGUAAGAGAAUGAAAACAGCUGCUGGUAAAUUAAAUAAAAGGAAAAAGCUAAGUAGUUAGACUUAAGUAUUAUUAGUAUUAUUUGUAACAUUAAAUUGAUGUAUUUUUUACCUCGCAAAUA